GUCCGUCCCGGCGCGGUGCGGCCAUGCGGGUGGGCAGCUGGGCGCGGGGGGCUCCGCACCGCGUGACGCUGUGCGGGGCCACGGAGCGGCGCUGCCGGCGGCUGCUGGCGGAAGGGGCGGCGGGGGGGGGCGCGGAGGCGGGGGCGGCCGUGCUGGUGCCGCUGUGCUCCGUGCGGGGCCGCCCCGCGCUGCUCUAUACGCUGCGCUGCAGCCGUCUGCGCGGGCCCUACGGCGGCGAUGUGAGCUUCCCCGGGGGGAAACGGGAGGCGGCGGACGGCGGAGCGGAGGGCACCGCGCUGCGAGAGGCGCGGGAGGAGUUGGGGCUGAAGCUGCGGGAGGAGAGCGUCUGGGGGCGGCUGCGAGGGCUGCCCGAGAGGCACGGGAUGCUGGUGGUCCCCGUGGUGGCCAACCUGGGACCCCUGGAGGACCUGACGCUGUCCCCAAACCCUGACGAGGUGGCAGAGGUCUUCACGCUGCCUCUGGAGCACCUCCUGCGGGAAGAGAACCAGGGCUAUACCCAUUUCCGUACUGCCGGUCGCUACGGAUACACUCUGCCCGUCUUCCUCAACGGCCCCCACCGCAUCUGGGGGCUGACAGCCAUCAUCACCGAGCUGACGCUGGAGCUGCUGGCACCCGACUUGUACUGCAGAAAGACCCACGUGCCUGGCCGCGGCAUCACCGCCCCCCAAAAAAGGGCUUGAGCUGCAUUUUGGAAGGAGCCCAGGCUCUGGGGGUGAGGGGUUUGGGGCUGGAAGGCUUUAGGGUGGAGGGUGGCACGGUCUCACCGCCGUCCCCCUCUCUGCGCCACUGCGGCCACGGUUGACGUUUCACGUUGUGAUUUUAGUACAAAGCCAUGUUUCAAACCA